AUGGGAUUUUCUGAACACUACAUCAACAUGGUGUGGAACCUGAUGUCAAAUAAUUGGUAUUCAGUAUGGGUGAAUGGGAAGUCCUCAGGGUUCUUUAAGUCGACAAGGGGUGUGAAACAAGGGGAUCCCCUAUCUCUAGCAUUGUUCAUUCUAUCAGCUGAUGUACUUUCCAGGUCUUUGAAUAAGUUCUUUGAAGACAAGUCAUUUGUGGGAUUUGGAAUGCCUAAGUGGUCUGAACCUUUAAACCACUUGGCAUAUGCUGAUGAUACGAUAAUCUUUGCAUCUGCUCAUCCUCUCUCUUUGAGAAAGAUUAUGGCAGUGUUGGGGAACUAUGAGAAGAUAUCAGUUGGAGCUAUUAGAGGAUUUGCAAGAGGUAAAUUCCCCUUCACAUAUCUAGGGUGUCCUAUUUUUUACACUAGAAGGAUGAAGGACUAUUAUGAGGAUCUUAUCAAUAAGGUGAAGGCUAAGUUGCAUUCAUGGAAAGGAAAGUUGUUGUCAUUUGGAGAAAAGGUAACACUCAUCUCUAGUGUAUUGCAAAGUAUGCCAGUUCACAUGUUAUCAGUACUUGAUCCACCAAACAGCAUCCUGGGGCAUCUACAUAAGACUUUUGCUAGGUUCUUUUGGAGCACAAAGGAAGAAGGGAGAAGCAGACACUGGGCUUCAUGGCAAAAUCUUUGCCUUCCUAAAGAGGAAGGGGGCCUAGGUUUUAGGUCCUUAAAUGAUGUCUCAAGGGAACUGUUUGCUAAAUUAUGGUGGGGGUUUAGGACCACAAAAUCUUUGUGGUCUAAUUUCAUGUGGAAUAAGUAUUGCAAGAAGGAGCUACCAACAAUGGUGCAUUUUAGAGGAGGGUCUCAUGUUUGGAGACAAAUGUUGAAUGCUAGGGAAGAAUGA